AUGAUAUUUACUAGAGAUGAUUUGUUAGAAAUAGAAAUGUUAAAUGAUAAAUUAUCUACAUGCUUCAAAAUUAAAAGACUAGGAAAUUUAAAGUACUUUCUUGGUAUGGAAAUUGUAUAUUCUAGGUGUGGUAUUUUCUUACCUCAGUUGAAAUAGACUUUAGAUUUACUUAAAGAAACCGGAACUAGUGGCAGUAAACCGGCAACCACUCUCAUUGACCCUGACGGGAAAUUGGGUUGAGGUGAAGAUAGUCCACCAGUUGAUAGAAGAAGAUACCAAAGGCUGAUUGGUAAACUAAUUUAUUUAUCUCACACUCAACCAGAUAUUACCUACACAAUAGGAUUAUUGAGUCAAUUUAUGCAUGAUCUUAGAGAAGUACAUAAUGCAGCAGCAAGACGAGUACUUUUUUAUUUAAAGGGUACAUCAGGUUACGGCCUAUUAUUUCAACCACAUGGGCAUACUAAUGUAGAAAAUAUUCACUGAUACUAACUAUGCAAGUUCUGUUGUAGACAGACGAUCUACUUCAGGGUACUAUUCAUUCUUAGGAGGAAACCUAAUCAUGUGGUGCGACAAGAAGCAGCCAGUGGUUUCAAGAUCUAGUGUAGAGUCUGAACUUCGAGCAAUGACACAAGGAUUGUGUGAAGUAUUAUGGAUUAAAGGGAUUUUGGAAGACCUUAAAAUCCAAUAUGAUUCACCCACAAAACUCUUCUGUGACAACAAGUUAACUAUAGAUAUUGCUCACAAUCCAAUACAUCAUGAUCGGACCAAGCACGUGGAAGUAAAUUGCCAUUUCAUCAAAGAGAAGAUAAAGAAUGGGAUCCUCACUAUCCAACAUAUCAGGUCUGAGGAGCAAUGUGCAUACAUCUUCACCAAAGGAUUAUAUGGACCUACUAUGAGAAGAUUGUUAGGUAAGUUGGGGAUGGAGAAUAUUCAUUCUCCAACUUGA